UUACACAAAGAAGAAUGCCAUUGAAAUGCCAAAAUAACCAAAAAGGAAAAAACAAAACAAAGAGAAAGGCAACCGGGCCAAUGGACCAGGUUAGUACUUAGAAUUGGUCCCUAGAGAGUUCGUUAGACAAACGCCCGCGAACAUUUUAUGCCAAAAAAAAAAGGUGAAAAACCGUGGAGCUGAGGGUAAGAUAAAAAUGGGAUUUUUCACUUUUUUCCUCCCAUUGAGAAGGAAGGCGUAACAAAAGGUGAAAAACCGUGGAGCUGAGGGUAAGAUAAAAAUGGGAUUUUUCACUUUUUUCCUCCCAUUGAGAAGGAAGGCGUAACAGAGAAGAGAAGCCAGCCAAGCAAACAGAUUCUCUCACUCAUUCUUUCCGAAGAUUCACUUCCAUUUUCUUCUCUUAUUCCACACUUAUAAAUACUUUAGAAAACCCAGUUUGACAACCACACAUUCUACUUCAUUUACCCGUUGCUGAUUCUCAAGAGAAAGAAGAGAGCAAAUGGCUAACCCGCCAAAGCCAUGGAAAGCGGAGUAUGCCAAGUCGGCUCGAUCAUCUUGCAAAACUUGCAAAAGCAUCAUCGACAAGGAGGAGUUAAGGCUCGGCAAAAUGAUCACCGCCACCCAGUUCGAUGGCUUCAUGCCCAUGUGGAACCAUGCCAAUUGUAUACUAAGGAAAGCAAAACAGAUAAAGUCUAUUGAUGAUGUUGAAGGCAUGGAAUCGCUUCGAUGGGAAGACCAACAAAGAAUCAGGAACUAUGUGGAGGCCGCCGAACCCUCAAAUGCAAAUGCUGUCACUGCUACAGCUAUGGAAUAUGCUAUUGAAGUUUCAAAAACUUCUCGUGCUACUUGCAAGAGUUGCACCCAAAAGAUUAUGAAAGGAGAGGUUCGUAUAUCCUCCAAGCCUGAGGGUCAAGGAUCUAAGGGAUUGGUGUGGAACCAUGCCAGGUGUUUCAUGGAAUUGUCUCCUGCUACUCAAGUGGAGAAGUUGCCCGGAUGGGAAAGCCUUUCAUCUUCUGACCAGGCAACUGUUUCUGCAUUGUUUAAGAAGGUUCCUGCUGCUAAAAAUGGCAAAGGAACUGAGGUACCAGAGGAUAAACAGCCAGCAUCAACCUCCACAGCUGGCACAAAACGUAAAAAGGAUGUUGGUGAUGAUCAGAACUUAAAAGUCACUAAGUUGGAAGGAGAUGUGCCAACUAGUAGGGCUGGGUGUACAAAGAACACCAAUGACUUGUUGGAUAAAAACCCAAAUGAUUCUGAUCUGGAAAGUAAAAUGGAGGCCCAGACCAAAGAACUGUGGGCUUUGAAGGAUGAGUUGAAGAAGCAUGUGACAACAGGAGAACUGCGCGAAAUGCUUGAAGCCAAUGGUCAAGAUGGAGCAGGAUCAGAACUUGAUUUGCGUGAUCGUUGUGCUGAUGGGAUGAUGUUUGGAGCACUUGGCAAAUGCCCCAUGUGUUCUGGUAAUCUUCGCUUUUCUGGAGGCAUGUACCGUUGCCAUGGCUACCUUUCAGUAUGGAGCAAGUGUUCUUACUCUACUCGUGAACCUGAACGUCUUAAAGGGAAAUGGAAAGUUCCAGAUGAAACAAAUAAUGAAUUUCUUAGCAAGUGGUUUAAAUCACAAAAAAUGAAAAAGGCUGUUCGCAUCCUGCCUUCUGCAUCUGCUUUUUCAGGUCAUGCUGCUAAUGUCCAAUCUCAAACUUCAAAGGUUGAAAGUUUGGCAGAUUUGAAAGUUUCUAUUGCUGGAUUACCUCACAAGUCCAUGGAAGAGUGGAAGGAAAAAAUCAAUGGAGCAGGUGGUGUCGUUCAUGCUAAGAUCAAGAAAGAUACUAACUGCUUUGUUGUGAGUGGGGAGUUGGAUGGUCAUGAUGCUGAGAUAAGGAAGGCAAGGAGGAUGAAAUUGCCAAUUGUUAGGGAGGACUACCUUGUUGACUGUUUUAAAAGACAGAAAAAGCUUCCAUUUGAUUUUUACAAAGUUGAAGCCAUUGGUGAGGCCUCUAGCAUGGUUACUGUCAAAGUUAAAGGACAAAGUGCCGUGCAUGAAGCUUCUGGUCUGCAAGAUUCAUGUCACAUACUUGAGGAUGGGGAAAGUAUAUAUAACACAACUUUGAACAUGUCUGACUUAUCAACUGGUGUUAACAGUUAUUACAUCCUCCAAAUCAUCCAAGAAGAUAAAGGGUCAGGCUGUUAUGUGUUCCGUAAAUGGGGUCGUGUUGGGAAUGAAAAAAUUGGUGGUAAAAAAUUGGAAGAGAUGUCAAAAUCAGAUGCAAUCUCUGAAUUCAAACAUUUAUUUCUUGAGAAGACUGGGAAUACAUGGGAGGCGUGGGAACAGAAACGAAAUUUCCUGAAACAGCCUGGCAGAUUUUUCCCAUUGGAUAUUGAUUAUGGAAUUAACAAACAGGUGUCAAAAAACAAGCACACUGAUGCAGACAGUCGACUUCCUCAUCCAUUACUUGAAUUGAUGAAGAUGCUUUUUAAUGUGGAAACAUACAGGGCUGCAAUGAUGGAGUUUGAGAUUAAUAUGUCUGAAAUGCCACUUGGAAAGCUGAGCAAAAAUAAUAUUCAGAAGGGUUUUGAGGCAUUGACAGAGAUACAAAAUCUAUUGAAUAGCAAUGCUUAUGAUCCUUCUGUCAAAGAAAGCUUGAUUAUUGAUGCCAGUAAUAGAUUUUUUACUGUAAUUCCUUCCACCCAUCCACAUGUCAUAAGGGAUGAAGAUGAUUUUAAGUCAAAGGUUAAAAUGUUGGAAGCUCUUCAAGAAAUGGAAAUAGCCUCAAGAUUAGUAGGUUUUGAUGUUGACAGUGAUGACUCCCUUGAUGAGAAAUACAAGAAACUCAAUUGUGAUAUUGCUCCCCUUCCUCAUGAUAGUGAAGAUUUUCAGUUGAUUGAGAAAUAUCUCCUUACGACUCAUGCCCCUACUCAUACUGAAUGGACUCUUGAACUGGAAGAAGUAUUCUCACUUGAAAGAGAUGGAGAAUUUGUUAAUUUUACUCCUUAUCGAGAAAAGCUUAAUAACAGAAUGCUUCUUUGGCAUGGUUCACGGUUGACAAAUUUUGUAGGAAUACUUAGCCAGGGACUAAGAAUAGCUCCACCAGAAGCUCCCGCAACAGGCUAUAUGUUUGGCAAGGGGAUUUACUUUGCUGAUUUGGUCAGUAAGAGUGCUCAGUAUUGCUAUACUGACAGGAAAAAUUCUGUAGGCCUAAUGCUUCUCAGUGAAGUUGCUUUAGGGGAAGUCUAUGAACUAACAAAGGCCAAGUAUAUAGAAAAACUACCAAAAGGAAAGCACUCUACUAAAGGGCUUGGCAAGAAAGUGCCUCGGGAGUCUGACUUUGCAAAGUGGAAGGAUGACAUUAUUGUUCCUUGUGGGAAACCAGUUCCAUCCAAUGUGAAGGCAUCUGAGCUGAUGUAUAAUGAGUACAUUGUUUAUAAUGCAGCUCAAGUUAAGAUGCAGUUCUUGUUGAAAGUCAGGUUUCAUCAUAAGAGAUGAGGGCAGUGAUGGAUGUUUUUAUGUACUUGAAUGAAGGUCAGAUCUGUAAAUGUCAAAAAUAUUGAAGUUUGUCCCAUUUUGGAUGUUCUGAAACAAAGGUUGAGUCUUGAUAAGAUCUCGUUUUGGGUGUUAGCUUGGAGAUCUUUUAACUCGUGCUUGUUAUCCAUGUAAAAGCUGUUUGUAAAAAAUGGAGAAACACUUGCACUUUUGAUCUUUUCUUCUAGGAUUCCGUGUCUUUUCUCUCGACAUGGUAGAGGAUUAAACGGUAAUGAACUAAUCAGUUUAUUCCCUUGCUGAUCAUAUGGAGUACUCAUUUGAAAAUAAAUAAGCAAAUACGACAUGCAUUAUGUUUAUGGUGUAGUUAAAAACUUUGGUCAUAUGACAAUCACUGACACUUUCAAUUCGAAGAGCCUAGAGCUUAAGGCUUAUCUUGAGCCGCAUUUAGCACAUGAUCCCUACCUUAAUAGUUUAAGUCUAGCCUCAAUUCUCCACUCAUUGUUUUAGUUUGCUAGCACUUACCAGGAAUACCAAGAGCUGAAAUUUGACUAUCGGAGAUAACCAAAGGCUAUAUAAGACUUAGCUCCUCGACUAGAUAUUAUGGUUAUAACCGAAUGUAUCUUAUUACUUACCGAUACAGAAAUUGUUAGUUUGCAUGUGCAUCUGUAACUUGACUUAAAGUAUAAAUGCUGGCAAUGAUUUGGAUCUUUUCCAUAUAAAUUCGAAGCCUGGGGCGCUGUGAUGUGGUGUCAUGGCCUAGCUAGCGAGGAAGAUGAACAGAGAACUAUGACAUUGGAUAGUAGUUUUUGGGUGCAAACCGCCAUUUUCCUGUGUUAGGGAGUAACGAGCCUUUAUGCCAGUUGUGCUUCUCUUUUUUUUUUGGUUGGCUGCCGUCUAGUCUAUAUUUUUCUUUGCAUGUUUAUUUAAGGUAGCUAAAAGGUUGUUCUUGGGCCAAUGCGCCGCGCCAUUUUUCUUCUGGUUCCAGCUGUUUUGGAUUUGGCCUUUUGGGUUGAUUGAUAUUUCCACAUUUGCUCAUGGC